AUGACCCCCGAGAAGGUGCUGAGGGAGGGGGUGCUGGAGAAGCGCAGCGGGGGGCUGCUGCAGCUCUGGAAGAAGAAGCGGUGCCUGCUGACCGAGAAGGGGCUGCAGCUCUUCGAGCCCAAGGGCUCGCGGCGCAAGGAGCUGAGCUUCGCCCGCAUGAAGGCCGUGGAGUGCGUGGAGUGGAAGGAGCGGCACAUUUACUUCACGGUGGUGAUGGACGACAGCCUCGAGAUCGACUUCCGCUGCGCCCAGGAGGACCCGGGCUGGAACGCCGAGAUCACCAUGGGGCUCGUGCGCUUCAAGAACCAGCAGGCGAUGCAGGAGGUGCGCGCCCGGCACAGCUGCCGAGCAGUGGUGCAGCUGGACGCAGCCCCGGUGGGACAGCCCAGGGAAUCGCAGCUUCCCAGGAGUCGGAUGGAGAUGGCCCUUGGCUCGGCAGUUGCUGGAGAGAACGGGAUCCCUGCGGGCAAGUGAGGUCACCGCUGUGCGGCCCAGGGACGAGGACAGUGGCCUCGGGGAGGCCAGUGCUGGCGCUGGCUCCCCCUUGCCGGGUCAGGACAGAGGCACCGCAAGAGCUGGGCUGGCACAGGACACAGGCAGGGCCACCACCUGGCGCUUCAGACAGGGCAGGAGGUGACAUCCCUGCCUGGGGCCCCGCCACCCUUCAUGCAAGUGACAUGCACAGGACUUGGUGCCCUGGUGGGGACCCCAGGCCUCUCCUGCAGGACAGGGGAUGGAUGAGGCUGUGGCCGAAGGAUCCGUGCCACAGGGAGCUCUGCCUGUGUGACAGUGACACUGGGACAGAUGGAUGUGGCUGGGUCCCAGUUUUAAAAAAGGGCUGGAAAGCUGCUGCUGCAGCAGGAACCCCUCAGCAGGGCACUGAAGUGAUGGUGUGGUGACAUAGCUGUGCUGCUGGACAUUGUCUUACCCUGGGAUGUCCUUGGGCUGUUGGAGAAUGCUGGGGACCCCAAUUCCCUGUACCAAAAGUGCCUUAACAGGAUUUUCAGCUUCU